CUAAUUUAGCUUUGCCAGUCCUUACUCAACUAAGACAUCUAAUUGGUCGAAGCACGUGUAGUGGGCGUACUCUAUUUCAGGACCCAUCCCACCUCUUGAAGCUGCGUUUGAUAUCUGCAGAGUAGCUUGUUAGUUCUCGGGAUGGAUGAGAUGGCGGGUAUAUUCUUGUGCCAAUGGAGCAGGCAGAUACUUACGGUAGUGCUCUAAGGUGAAUGCAUUCUCUACAUACGGACAGAGGGAGAACAAGAGUCUGCGCAGGGGUUGAAAACGCGAACUUCCCACUAGUAGCAUUUGACGUAAUCAAAGAAAACAAUAUGCAAGUUGUACUUCAUCAAUAACUCCAGGCCAGAUUUCUCAGGGAGCAAUGGACAGGAAUAAACGCAACUCUAUAGCUGGAUUUCCUCCUCGCCUAGAGCGCAUUGAGGAUGGUGGAGGAGAUGGAGGGAAAGCUCAGUUGGGAAGGGUUUAUACAUCAUCCUACAGUGCCCUCAUCAGUGCCUUCUCUCGAUUAACACGACUCGAUGACUUCACUUGUGAAAAAAUUGGCUCUGGAUUCUUCUCUGAGGUUUUCAAGGUACGCCACAGGACAUCUGAUCAAGUCAUGGCUCUGAAGAUGAACAUACUGAGCAGUAAUCGAGCCAAUAUGCUAAAGGAGGUGCAGCUCAUGAAUCGUUUGUCCCAUCCCAAUAUCUUGAGGUUCAUGGGAGUGUGUGUUCAUCAGGGGCAAUUGCAUGCUCUCACCGAGUAUAUUAAUAGUGGCAACCUUGAACAGUUGUUGGACAGUAACCAAUACUUGACUUGGACAGCGAGAGUAAAACUGGCUCUUGAUAUUGCUCUGGGGCUUGCCUAUCUUCACUCCAAAGGAAUUUUCCACCGGGACCUCACGUCGAAGAACUGUUUGAUAAAGAGUGAUGAAAGUGGAUAUUCUGCUGUGGUGGCAGAUUUUGGGCUGGCAGAAAAAAUUCCAGAUAACAGCGAGGGAAGUGAGAAGCUUGCUGUUGUUGGGUCACCUUACUGGAUGGCCCCAGAAGUUCUGAGAGAUGAACCCUAUAACGAAAAGGCAGAUGUGUUCUCCUAUGGUAUAAUCCUUUGUGAAAUAAUAGCCCGAAUACAAGCAGACCCUGAUUAUCUACCACGCACAGAGAAUUUCGGCUUAGAUUAUGAUGGCUUUCAACACAUGGUGGGAGACUGCCCCCCUGACUUCCUUCAGCUCACAUUCAACUGCUGCAAUAUGGACCCAAAACUCCGUCCUUCCUUUGUAGAUAUUGUAAAGCAACUUGAGAACAUUUCAAAUCGUUUAAGAAAUGAGGAGGCAGAAAGUGAGAGAAAAGAGAGUGACAAUAAUAUAGAGCCCAAACCUAUCUCUCUUGCUAAAGGGCCCAAUGACAAAUGCCAGGGGGUAAAACGCCUGAUUUCCAUGAUGCCUCAGGAUGACGAAAUUCCUCAGAAGUCCCCACGCCCCAGAAGAAACAUUACAUUAUCCCGCAGCCAGUCGGAUAUUUUUGCAUGUAAGCCACUGCGAAAGGUCAAUGUGCAGGACCCAUUCUACACGCCAGGCAAGGGAGCUGUGCGCAAAGUUAAUCCUUUUAGUGCCAGGGAAGACUUAAAAGGAAAGAUCAAAUUCUUUGACAUGCCUAGCAAAUCUGUUAUUUCUCAUGUGUUUGACCUACAUUCACCCAAAAGAGAUGGAUCUCUGGUAGCAGGAACAAGCGGACAGUUAUGGCAGCUAUUAAGUCAGGACACCACAGACUUCUCUGUAAUUCCCCAAAGACGUUGCAGAUCUUUGCCAGUGUCUCCUGAGCUUUUUAGAAAGGAAUGUACAACUUCAGGGCUCUCCUGUAUGGUUGGCAAAUGUGAUCCCACACAACUUGGGUCUGAAGCACGACAAAAACUCCUCUCAAGUGUCACGUAUGGUGUGCAAGAUAUCCCUCCUUUUAGGCCAAGAUCUCCUGAGUAUUUGCAGGUAAAUGAUGAGUCUAUGGAUUGCACCGAUGCAACUUUCCUACAGGAAGCAAAUGGAUUUUGCCCUGGCAGAACGGAGACUAAAGUGCAAAUGUACAAUAACCAGCUGCUGGUCAGUAAAAAAAAGCAUGCACUCUGCUCUCAAAAUUCUAUCAAUUCAUAUUCAGAGGAGGAGAAAUCCAUAGAUGUGUUCCCAAACUAUGAAGCUAUGGAAAUUUGAGGAGUAAACGAGCCAGAAUCUUUCCUCUGCUUUGUCAGCAUCCUCUAUUCGCUGCAGUAGCCCACCCAGGGUUGGAGGUGUCACUUUACUACCUUUAUAGAAUAAUGUUCCAGAUAGCAAGGAGGCUCCCUCUUUGUCCAGCUGCAGGAUUCUGCGCUGGAUAAGCGCUGUCAAAAUGUGACUUUUUGCAUUUCUUACUGUGUUGCAUAAUGAAGCAUCCAGAGCUGCUUCUGAGGUUUACAUUUUAAUUUAUCUUGCCUACAGGUUAUUGUAGCAGAACAUGGAUACAGCAUAGGAUUUCUAUUAUACAUGUAAGUGUGAAUGGGCUGUCUUACUUUCUGGUCAAUACUAAUCUGAAAUCAAACAUCUUAAGUAGGAGCAUUCUUGAGUCUUUAAUACUAUUUAUUCCUUGGUAAAUGGCAUUAUAAUCUUUGGGCCAGGCUUCUCUUAUAGUAAUUCAGAUUGGAAAAGGAGGAUUCAUUUCCUUUAUUUUUAACCAGUUUCUGAUUCUAAAGUUACAAGAGGAGGCCAUGUGCCAUGACUUCACUAAAAUAUGUUCAUAAGGGGUCUUCUGCUUAAAGGAGGGAUGUAGCUGGAAAGGGAAAAAGGUUUUGUUUUUUUUUUGCAACUAGCAACCCCUGUAUUGAUGAGUUUUCUAGUUCAGCAGGAGGACAUCGGUUGGAAAGUAGUCACACUCUUCUCUUUUCACACACUUUCUGGUAGAGCCCCUUGUGGAUCAAUUCCAGGGUGCCCUCCAGCUUUUGCUAGCAACCCCCAGCAGCAAUAUAUUCCAGGAGCUAAAGUCUGACCACUGGAUAAACCUCCUGCUACUUUAAUAGCACAUAAUUAAAUAACCAAAGUAAUAAAUCAAGUAAAUAGUAACUCCACCAUGACACCAUUUCAUUGCCACUGAGAUUUUGGCCUUUCCAAAACCUAUUUGUACAGUGUUUUAAGGUUUGCUUUGCUUUGAACGUCACAUACAAGGACCCAAGGGCUAUGUCUUAAGUUCUGCUGUAAACUAGGUGUUUGUGCACACAUGCGAGUAGAUGUGUCAUUUACCUAUAAAACUAUAUACCAUGUAUAUAGGAAGCCAAAGAGCAUUCCUGCCAUAUUUAUUUUUCAUGGGGAAAAAAAAAGGUGGCAUAUAGAGUUUCAGCAUUGUGUCUGUGUAAAGUCAAGGUUAACUAAAAGGCAAGUGAACAGAUCAUGCCAAUUACCUUAGGCUGAUGGCACAGACAGCAUUUUCUUUGCUGCCAUAUUUUGCCAUAAGGUCACACUUGAAUUGAAAACACUUGAGAGCUUUUCAGUGUCAAACCACUUACAUAAAAGAGAAUGGGGGGAGGCUGGGACUGUAUAAGGCACUUUUUUGCUGGCUCAAAUUGUGACUGAGAAAAUGCCACAUGCCAUCUGCCCUAUAAUGGGGAGCAAUGUGUAGCUUUGUUGAUGUAAGCAAAUAAGCACAUCCUAAAGGGGGAUGUAUAGGAUGAUCUACAGUGAUGCAUUCUAAGACCUAUAAAGGAAUCAAAUCUAGCUGCAUGCACUAGCUCAUAUACCAGUGUUCCCCAAUAGUUUUUUUUUUCCUUCAGAAAAUUUCUUGAAUUAAGUCAAAAUAUUAAUGAUGCAGCACCAAAAAAAUGUUAUCUAACACAUGUGGGUGGAACUUCCGUGGAUUAUGGUGAUCCACCAAAAACAACAUGGGGAUCCAUAUUUGAGUCUCAACCCAUAGUUUAAGAAUCCCUGUCCUAGCCAGUGACACACCUAGCAAGCCAGACAGCAUUUUAAAGUCCAUGUUGGAGAGAGACGUUAAAUAGCUUACUAAAAAUUAAGCAGACGUUCCAAAUAAAGGCUAUGGCUCAUGGGGUGUUUUAUCCACUGCUGCCAUCCAGUGGAAAACAGCAGUGUUCAAAACUCUCCUGUCUGUCAUUCUGAUGUAGUACUUGGUUUCCUAGUGAUGCAGGACUUUACUGUGACGUUUCUGGGGAAAAAAAAGAGAGAAAGCUGCCAUCUUUUUCUGUCAGAUGCUCUUACUUCUUAGCUUUAACUUCAGCAUGCUUUCAGGCAACAGGAAGUGAUGCAAUCUGAUGAGACAUAGUUCCUUUUGCUGAGCCAAGCUACCCAUGCAGUUUCAUUCUGUAGUUUGCUUACUGGAUCACCCUCUGCCUAGACUGCCAUUUAUUGAGGUACAUGACUUUAUCAUGCCUUUGUGAUUGGGCUUAAGAAUGAUUAUAUAUUGCUCCUUCAUGAAUGGGGGUCCUUCAGACCUACCACCAACACUGUGCUUCUAUAAUUCUAAUACAUAGCAGAUGUUGAGUGGAAUGAUGAGUCGACGCAGUCUGUACAUUUUCUGUAAGGUCUAAUAAAAUCUAAAAUGUAGAGGUGCCUGCAUCCUACAGAGUGGAAUAUAAUUACACUACUAUGAACACAUAAAAGCUUUAGGUCCCAGACACGCCUUUAUAAAUAUAUACACUGGUUUAUACAAUUUUGGUGAGAAUGUUUAAAUGCAGAUGGCUUUUUGGCAGUGAAGCAGAAAUGGCUAUUAGUCAUACUUUGAUGUUUCACAACAAGUUCCUUCCCAAAAUGUAGAUUUGCACUGACUUGAAAUCUGCUUUCCUGCAUUUAUAGGGAAGAACGGCAAUGGCUGAGCCACAUCAUCGUGCUAUUGUGUUGCUCUUGCCUUUUCACUCCAUCUGUCUCCAUCUUGGUCUGCUGUUUCCACCAUUCAUACCUCAGAGCUUUUGCUCUGUGGGGCCCAUGGCAGUUGCCCCUAUAUGCCACUAUUAGUUUUGUUUUUAUUCAUUCAAAAAGACCAUGUGGCUGCAUAUUGGGCCCUUUUACACAUGUACCGGCAUUUAAGAGGUUUGUUAAUUCAGUCUCCUGUACGAGUCUGUAUCCACAAGUGAAUAUAGGGGGGAACUGGGCUGGUGGGCCCCUCCGGCCCAAACCUGCUAUUGCCGCUGCCCCAGUCAUGGCUGCAAGCAGGAAAAAAGGAAUGGGCUGGAGGGGGGGUUGCAGCUUGGGCAAGGGGGCCUUAAGUGUCUCUUCUGUUAGGGGGGGGCUAAAGCAGCAGCCCUGGUGCACACAUAAAAACUGAUGAAAUUGGGCAUCAGUUGAUGUGCACUUCCAUGGAAGAGACUAGAAUCAAUUAACCCAACACAGGAAAAAUACACUAGGCAUUAAGAGCAGAUACAAACAGUCCAUCACUGUAUUGUGUAGAUGGCUGAUCAAGGAACAGCAGAUAUAAAGUAAAGCAGAUAUAAACAAGUCUGUACACGUGAGCAUAUAGAGUUGUGUAAUUACUUUUAAUACAACUGAAUAUGAAAUCCUUUGAAAACUUUGGGGCACAUCUGCCCUCUUCUGGUACCACUGAGUAAAAGAAAAUUAGCAGAUACUAAAAGAGCAGGAUGUAUAAAUACUUUCCUCCUAAUGUUUCUUUGGCUUCUCUGAGGGUAUUAUACUGGCCCAGCUUGCACUUUUAGUCUUGUUUAAGCUGCUUUUGUUCUGAAAAUGGCUACUACAACCUGCAUUAUCUUCUUCCUCCUACUGAUUUCUUAUCCUGCCAGCAAGGAGCAAUUAAAAGUUUAUAGCUUUUAGAUGCAAAUUUCAGAAAAUUGUGCCAGCAGAAUAUUCACUCGUGCCAAGCACAAUGCAGUAAAGGCCUUGUAAGACAGCUGACUCGCACCAGAAACCAAAUGCUGUAUUGUUUAUAAGUUAAAAUGUUCCUUCAUUUAUCAUGUAUUUGGACUUAUUUUCACCAAGGGCCUUGGGGGGAAAAAAACAAAAUAAUAUGAGGGUAAUAGUGUUGUAUUUAUACCACAUGGUGUUGCCAUUGGAUUUCUGAGCCAUCUGACCACCCAGGGUAUACUGGGAAAUGUUUUAUUGUGGGUUAGCUGAAGCAUAUACAGAGCUAUGUAAACCUAUGCUUUUUGUGUGGCACUUGCAGGCUGCAGAUUUUCCAUCUGCUGAUUCCCAAGAUAAAGAGAAAUGGUUCCCUUUCUUGUUCUCUGAGCUCAAAGGGUUUUUGGGAGAAUUGGAGUGACCCUAAGCAGGAAUGUGGCCAUGUUUAUCUCCCAGCACAGACCGUUUUUAACCUAUCUUUACUAAUACCUUUGAUUUUUUCCGAUAUGUUCCUCAGUAUAAGGGCGAUGGCACGCAUGGAGAUUAGUAGUCCGUUCUAAAUCUGCUUUACUGCAGCCUAGUAAUCUCAUCAAAAUGCUUUCCCACCAGCACUACUGUAAAUCACCAUUUCAGCUAACUGAAGCAAUGCAUCUGUUUUCCCAAAAGCAAUUUAAAUUCUUGCCAGUGGGAAAGUAUUUUCAGAUUAGUUGCCUGUGGUAUAGCAGAAUUAGCACUGACCACUAAUCUCCAAGUGUGCCAUAGCCCUAAAUAUAUAGAAUAGCAUAUAUAGGCCAUAGGGUGGGUGCAACAAGUCGGCUUCAUGCCUACUGCGAAGGGAACUUUAGUCUUUAUUGUGCCUCCCAAAAUGUAUAAAUAUGUACAAAUCUAGGAUUAAGUGUUUUUAUGUGUUUUAAUGAAUGAAAUGGUUUCAGAUAUGAAAAGAAUGAUCGUCUGUUCAUCGUUAUUCCAUAUAAACAUCUGUUUAACCAGUUUUAUUGUUUUAUUUUGUAUAAACUACUGUGACAUCAGUAAAUGACUGACUUAAAAAUGGCCCACUCCUUAUUCCCCUGGAAGGCAAUCCAGAUCGGAGUUUUGGAAAUGACCUCUAUGUUUUGCAUGAACCUUUUUCCUAAUCUGAUGGCUAUGGACACUUGAAUACUUGUUGUUUGCACUUAUGUUCUGCUGUCACUACAUUUCUAUGCAAGACAUUUGAUGUUCAGUCAGCCUUGGUUUUGAGACACUUUGAGAGAUGGUCUAUUUUCAUAUUUAUGAAGGCGGUGUAUUAAGUCUUAAAAUCAGCCAUUUUGUACAUAACAGAGAUGUAAUUAAUAUCUUAGGAGUAUCAAAGAGCCUUGGAAAUGUAACACUGCCAGUGAUUUACUUAUUAGGCCGAAGUCAGUUUAGUCAUUGUAUGUAUAUUUAUUAACCAUGUGCUUCUUCACUCUGCCAAUGAAAGUUGUGUACAUGUUUCUUUAAUGGGCAACCAAAGACUUGGGCUAACAUUUUCCAUGAUGACUGUAUUGGAGUAAUAUUACUUUCAGAUUAAAGUGUCUCAUGUAA